CAGAACAACACCAGUGUGUGCGACGCUUCCGGUUUCUGUUCCCGUGACUAUAAUAAUCUCCUAAUAUAAAUUCUAACAGUAGUUCAGUUGUCGGAAAAAUUAUAAUUAUAUGCUGCAAGUCUGCAGUCACACGGGAUACAUGCAUAAUAGCGCUGCGCCGUUUACAAGAUCUACUUAUUUUCCCGGCUCUGCAACUUCAAGUUAUCACCACAAAUACCGUGUAAGAGCGCUCUAAUCAGUAAUCAGCAGGUUUUAAAACUGCUGAAUAUGUUGUUGCAAAUUAUUGACCACAGCCGCUAACGCCAGGCAUACUACGAGUAAUCAUUAUUAUUAUUUAUGGCACAACUGCAGACAACCCCGAAGGAACUUCAAGUGUGGUCGAAGAUGCCUCAAUCCAGGAUAGUGGAUGCACUGUUACUUAUUACUAGCGCACUCCAUUUGGUUUUUGACUACUUUUCAGUACUACUGCGCAAAGCAUUCAUAAAAAAUGUCGUCAACAAAGCCGCUGCGAAAUUCUCAUUUGGGGUGGAUUGCGAAUAUGAACCCAAAGAUUUUAUUUCCGAAGGAGCUUAUGGAAGCGUGUUCAGAGCAUAUAUUAUUCGCCGCGGAGAUUUUAUCGGAGAAAAAACGGUCGCCGUGAAAUCAGUGAAACUUUAUAAAAUGCGACUUGCAUUAGCAGAGCCAGAUAGUUACAUUAGGCUGCGCAGGGGAUUAGACCAAUUGCUAGAACUGCAUCACGAUAAUGUGGUGAAGAUUUACAAGAUAAGUAUCAGCUCGGAUGACGCGAAAGUGCCCGCCGUGGAACUGAUGAUGGAUUAUUACUGUGAUGGUGACCUGCGUAAUUACCUACAAAAGCUAAAACAAAGCAACACGCUUCUCGAUCAUCCUACCAUUCUUCGAUUUUUAACCGAUAUUGCGAGCGGUAUUCGAUAUUUUCAUCACAAUAACAUCAUACACGGCGACUUAAAACCGGAAAAUAUUCUCGUCAAGCAUUUGAAACACAAUGGAAAAAGGCUUGCGAUUGGUGACUACGAUGACCACUUUAAGUCCAGAAGUGGGGCUGUAAGCAAUUAUGGUAUCGAACGGGCCUGUUGUACCCCUAGCUAUAUGUCGCCUGAAAUGAUGCGCUUUUUCCUGAAAGAAAAUCCUGGUAUCUCCGAAAAUCCGGGAUUGGCAACGGAUAUCUGGAGUUUCGGCUGUAUUGCGCUUGAUUUCCUGGACUGUGUAUUUGGUGACCGACCAAGGAAGCUGGUGUCGAAGAGUGCCGAUUCCGCAUUAAAUGAGGAAUCUGUUGAUGAUAACACGACACUACAGCGUUACAGUUACCUUUAUUCAGAAGGUUAUGCUCCCUUCGUGAGUAGCGGCAUUUGGAUCAACGUAAAUGGGACGGACGGAAAUGAGAUAAAUUUAGCGCAAUGUAUUGAAAGAUGUUUUGCUGUUUGUGGGACGGACAGGAUAACGGCGGACGAACUCCUGUAUGAGCUGCAGGCUGCUAAACAAACAAUUUCUGCUACCUUAAAACAAGCUGAUACAGCUCCAGCGAGGUUAAACCAGUUUGUCAUACAAAAAGAAAGUAGCCGUUUAUUUUACUGCUGCUCGUGGGCAAUCGAUGAGGUGAGAAAGGAGAUUUUUUUGGAAACUUUCGACCCCACAUUAUCUUUUGUGUGGCGUUUUCCUCUCCACGCUGAACUAACGCCCAAUGGCCAGUGGAGAGAUUGUCUACGGGGAACGGAUCGAGAACCACUAGUUUACUGUUAUUUAACAAAGUUCAAAUCGUCGCUUUCCUUGCGAUUUCGUUGCCUGAACACUGUGACGGACCUGUGGAGCAAAAACUGCAUUCCCGAUUUAGAUGAAGCACGUGAGCAGUUUGUCAUCGUUAAGCUGGACCAUCACUUGUACCUCCUGGGAGGAAGAGAACCACUGAAGGAUCCGCCUGAACUGCGAGAACGUCGCGAACCAAAGUUGGGUAUUCUUGCAUCUAAGGCAAGCAUGAAGUCUUGUUUACGUGUGAAUAUUCCACGUGGGUCCUGGGAACCCAUUGCUCCCCUAAAUCACGAUCGCAUAUCUCCUUCCGCGUUUGUUUUACACGGUCAGAUAUAUGUCUUUGGCGGUUGGUCCAAAACUGGUGACCCAGAAAAAUCGAUGGAAGUGUACUGCACAGAAAAGGAUAGCUGGUCCCUUGUCGGCUUUCCAGAGCCAAAAGAUGAGAGCAGAAAUUACAGUGUCUUUAGGGCUUGCGGGACUAUGAUCUACCCAUCUUAAAGAAAAAAGGCUGUUGCAGGUCAUAUUAUCGCGGAGUUUGUGAGGGAUGCAUUCAUGCUUUCGCUUUUCGUAAUAACGAUCAAAUGAUUUUACACUAAAUAGUAGAAAUGCCGUUUUUUAUUACAUAUGUUCUAAUCAUAAAAUAAAACAUAAAAUAAAACAUCUCAAACUAUUUCACAAG